UCCUUCAAAAAUAUAUAUUCAAUAUUAUGGCAUCAGAGGAUAUCAUGAAAACUGGUGUUAUGACUGCUGGGAUCGUGACGGGGCCAUUUGCUGAAGAAGGCAUUGUGUGCCAAUACCCUCACAUGGUCUCCUCCAACGGCAUUUGGUUCGGAGAUAAUCCUCUUGACUUCUCCGCACCUGUUUUCCUUGCCCAAAUCAUUUUGUCUUUCUUUGCUUCAAGAUUUAUUUUCAUCUUGCUCAAACCUCUGCGCCAAAGUAUUAUCACUGCACAAGUUCUGGCCGGUGUGAUAAUGGGUCCAACAAUUCUUGGGCGUUUCAUAGGCAGUUAUAUGAUGAAGUUGUUUCCACUGUCAGGCAAAAUGGUUCUUCAAACAGCCGCAAACAUAGGCUUCCUGCUUCACCUGUUUGUGUUAGGAGUACAUAUGGAUACAAGAAUAUUGAGAAAGGCAGGAGGCGCCGCCGUGCUAAUAGGCACCAUCGGUUUCGUGAUGCCUUAUGCGCUUGCCGGACUCACCUAUUUUAUCAUGAAUCAUGCGAUGCCUGUAGACGAGAGCAUAACGACUUCCCUUCCAUUUAUAGUGGCAGUUAAUUCCAUGUCAAGCUUUCCUGUUAUUACUGCCCUUCUUGCUGAUCUUCAUAUUCUCAACUCGGAGAUCGGCCGAUUAGCAACCUACGCCUCGAUGGUCAGCGAUUUGUGUAGCUGGGUCACGGGUGUUUCCAUGACUACAAUCGGCUUAGCCAUACGCAGAUCGAAAUGGAUGUCGUUAUGGGCUCUUUUGUGGAUCGCCGUCUUUUUGAUCGCCAUCGUAUUUGUUUUCCGGCCGUUCAUAUUAUGGUUAACCAAACGCACACCAGAAGGACGGCCCAUGAAGGAAACUCACUUUGUUAUCAUUCUUCUGAUAGUUCUGGGCUGCGCGGUGUUCGCCGAAGUUAUCGGGCAGCAUGCUGCGUUUGGGCCUUUUUUGAUGGGUAUUGCUUUGCCAGACGGGCCGCCGCUGGGAUCGAGUUUAGUAGAUAAGCUAAAUACAAUAGCGACUGGUUUGCUACUUCCGGUUUUCAUUGCGAUUAGUGGUUUGCAGACGGACUUGUUGUCGGCCGGGGCAGGAGGGAAUUCUCCGGUAAUCAUUGAGGCAAUCAUCAUCAUGGGUUAUGUUGGGAAGUUCGGUGGUACCCUUUUGCCUGCGCUUUACUGCGGCGUGCCCUCAUGGGAGGCCGUUACUCUUGCUCUAAUCAUGUGUUCCAAAGGCAUCAUAGAGGUUGCUACAUAUAUCAUGUGGAAGGAUGCCAGCAUCCUAGACGACCAAACCUUUUCCCUGCUGCUAAUCACAAUGCUGCUUGUAUCUGGGUUAGCCAGGCCCAUGGUGAGGUUCCUUUAUGAUCCAUCAAGGAGGUACACGGCGCCCUACGGGAGAAGGACCAUUCUGCAAUCACUGGACACCGUCCAGCUCCGUAUUCUGGUCUGUAUCAACCAGGAAGACAAUGUCCCCAUGAUUUUAAAUCUUCUAGAAGCCUCCAAUUCAACCAGAUUCAGCCCAAUUUCCAUCUUUGUCCUUCACCUCGUGGAGCUAACUGGCAGCGCAUCGGCCAUACUUGUGCCCCAUCACCAUCUGAACAAGACGGCUUCCAACGCAACCAGUUCAGAACAUGUCGUUGGUGCCUUCACACAGUUUGAGCAACAGCACCUUGGGAGUGUCGUGGUGCAACACUUCACUGCGGUCGCACCAUAUGCAAGCAUGCACAACGAUAUAUGCAGUCUCGCGCUAGACAAAAGGACCACCAUCGUGAUCGUCCCUUUUCACAAGCAGUGGGCAAUUGACGGACAGGUGGGAGCAUCCGCCCCAUCCAUUAGAAUGGUCAACCGCAACGUCAUCAACAUGGCCCCAUGCUCUGUCGGAGUCCUAAUUGAGCGGGGCAAUAACGCGCGUGGCCAUCGCUCCGCCUUAACAACAACAUCCUCCUCGUCAUAUCGCAUUGGCUUGCUGUUUUUCGGUGGCGCAGAUGAUUUAGAAGCACUUGCCUAUAGCAGACGCAUGGCCAAACAUCCACGUGUCAACCUCACCGUAGUCAGGUUCAUACAUGAACGUCAAUUUUAUGCAAAGGAGAAGAAUAUUGAAGAUGAUUUGAUCCGCGAGUUCAAAGCCAAUGCUAUCAAGGAAAAAAACCAAUACAAAGAGGAGAUAGUGGAGGAUGGAGUAGAAACUACGCAGGCCAUCCAUGCCAUGGAGGAUGAUUUCGAUUUGGUAAUGGUCGGAAGGUACCAUGAACCCGACUCGCCGCUUAUGUUAGGCCUGACUACAGAAUGGAGCGACUGCCCUGAGCUUGGGGUGAUCGGAGACAUGCUGACCAAUUUAGAUCAGUCUCAGUUUUCAGUUUUGGUGGUGCAGCAACAGCCACAAGAAGCUGGCCAUUGCCCGCCGCUACAGACCAUUCCCAGCUUACCGAUUUCUAAUAGAAGCAAAUCUUUAGCUUCAAAGGUCAACAGUGAAUUUUCUGAUGAUGAAGAUUUUACGCCUACUUACGCUAGGUUUGAGCAAGGGAAAUAA